UCGUCAAGCUAGUUGGAAAGGCCGGCGCACUAUAUAAAAUCUCACUCUCUGAGAGUAACCUUUCUUGCUAAGGUAUGCCGAUUGACUGAUCAAGGAAAGAGAACUAGAGGGAUAACAACCAAACACUCAUGGCGCUGAUGAUGGCAAGAUCAGAUCAAAAGCAUCAACAACAGCAACACAACACAAGAUCUCGAUCUCAAUACCUUAACGAACUUCGACAAGGACAAGACAGAAGUAGAGUUCAGAGAUUGGAGCAAUCCACCAGAGGGGCAUUGUAAACGUUACUGAGCUAACCAUCCGAGGCGCGUCCUUGGAAUAAGAGCUUCUCUGACCUCCCGAAGCAAGGAUAGCGCUGAGAAAUUGGGACCAUAGAGGCCGAUGAACUUGCAUGCAAGACGAACUAAACAUCCAAGACAAGAAAAAGAACACAAGAAUCGCAGAUCUAUAGAUCCUUUGCCCAUUCAAUGCCGGAUCUGCUAUUCCCAAACCGAGAAAAGCAAGAAAUAAAAACAACCGUUGAGAAGUGGGGAGGAUACCCACACUCUGGGCGAUAAGGAAGAAGCUACCCUUCCUGGCCGUAGGGGAGGAGACUAAGUUCCAAAAACCAGAAAAGAUUUUUCCUUUGAGCGAUGAGGAAGAAGCUACCACUUCCUGGGCCGUAGAGGAGGAGACUAAGUUCCAAAAACCAGAAAAUAUUCAGAGGAAAAAUCCCGUGCGCCAAUUUAGCCAUGGACGCUUCCUCUUCUCUGACUCCGUCGUCCCAAUCCGACUCAACCCAACAAGAUGAACAGAUGGAUCUUUACUUGAAGAUUGUAAAAACAGUAUGUUUAAAUUUAAAGGGGUCUGAGACAAUUAAAACUUUAAAAGAGCUGAUUGAGGAGAAGGAAGGCAUUGGUGAAAAGAAUCAGGAUCUAUUCUUUGACGGCAAUCUACUCAGAGAUGGUCAAAGGCUAGUUGAUUGUGGUGUUCGGAGGAACUGCACUCUUCAUCUUAUUGUCCAAAAUCCUGUUAUAAUCAAAUUAUUGGUCAAAAUACCAUCUGAUCCGAGAAUUAUCAUGGUGGAAGCAAAAACUUGUGAUACUAUCCACAAUGUCAAAUUGAUGAUUCAGUCAAAGGAGGGGAUUCUGUCAGAUAACUUCACUCUUGUCCAUGAUGGACAUCUACUCGAAGAUGAAAGUACUCUGGCCUCCCUCAAUAUACGGAGCAAUUCAAAUAUUCAUUUGGUUUUUUGUCAGAAAGAAGUGCCAUCUAUUUUUGUGAAAGCACCUAAUAAAGAUACCGUGCAACUCAGAGUUAAAGUUAUGUUUACUGUUGAUGAUAUCAAAGCGAUUUGUGGUAGCAUCAUUGGUGUUUCAGUCAGUGGGUGUAAUAUGUUUUGUGCUGCAAAACGGCUUGAGGGUUCCAAAACCCUGGCCUUUUAUGAUAUCAAAGAAGGAUCUCUGUUGGAGCUAUUACCUUCUUCAAUGCAGAUAUUUGUUAAGACUUGGAUUGGAAAAACCCUAGUCCUUGAUGUGAAGGAACAUGAUACUGUGAAGCAUAUCAAGCAACAGAUUUUUCAGAAGUUGAAGAUCCCCAUUGACAUUCAGAGUAUUGUUUAUGUUGGAAGACGGCUUGAGAAUGACCGGGAUCUGGCAAGUUAUGGCAUCCAGAGGCACUCUACUCUGCAUAUGGGAUAUGUUGUAAAAUCAGUUUAGAUUUUAAAAGAUUUUGUGAUUAUUGAAGAUUUUAUAUUAGUCGAAGAUUUUUUUGGGUUUGAUAUUUAAAUCUAAUAUUAAAUCUGACUGUUAUGAUUUUA